AUGACAACUACCAACACAGUAACAGAUUUCGAUGGACAUCGAUGGACAGAUGCUCCAACUCAGAUCGCAGAUAAACCUGUCAAAAUACCCUUAAUUAAUUCAGUUGAUAUUGAUAAAAGUAAAAAAAGGACUCUCACUACUACAUUAGAACGGAUGAAAAUGGUAGAAGAUAGACAAUCGUUCAUAACUGAGUCUCAUUUACCAUUCAGUCAUGAAUACAGAAAUUAUUCAACUAAAUCUGCACUAAAUCUCUCGAGAAAAGACGAACAAUGUGUUUUGCGAUCAGUUGAGCGUAGCAAAAGUGCAAUAGCACUUCAAUAUUAUUUUUGUGAUAAAGAUAAGGUCAGAUUGGCGUCAGUUAAUGAUAAAAAUACUGCUAUCAAUCAGUCAACAACAUCCGUCGUAUCAACAAUACAAACGUCUAUUUUAUGUGACGAUAAUAAGCAACAAUCAUUAACAAUUGGCGAACUAAUAGCACAAGAAGGUGGUGAAGUGAUAUGUAACCAAGAGGAAACUUAUUUUAGAAAUAAUCAGUCAUAUUCAAAAUAUUCUUAUAAUCGUAGUGAUUUGAGAAAACCGUGGCAAAAAGAUUAUGGGAAUAGAAAAUCUACCUAUCAUUAUUACAAUCAUAGUAAUAGAAAUCAUCAUCAACCGUUCUCAGCAAACGACAAAUAUGUACGAGAUAAUCGAAAAAUUCAUACAAAAAGAGAAACAAUGACUGAAAACAAUGAUGUUGACAUUGAAAAAAAAUUGAACACGAUUAAUAAUACAUCGAUUCAAGUACAACAAGGACACCGUCCACCAAAACGGAUUCCAUUUCCAACAUCAUCAAUUCACCUACAACAACAGCAGGAAAACAGUUCAUCACUUAUUCAAUCAAAACACAACGACAAUAAAUCGUCAGUUACACCAACAGCACUUAUUAGUGAACCGAAAGAUGAACAACAAUUAAUGACUCAUCAGCAAGAUUCCUAUGCAUUUCGAGAUUAUUCUUCAAAAUUAUUAAUUAAUCCUUAUUAUCAGACAACUUAUGACGUUGCUCAAUUAGCUUAUUCAACAUUAGCAUCGCUACAACAAUGUAUGGUACAAAUGGCUUCUGCCGCCGCUACCACAAACUUUCCUUUGAUGAUAUCAUCUACUAGUGAUUAUUUCUACCCAUCAUCACCACUGAUGGAUUACGCAUCACUAUAUUAUCAUACUGAAAAUACUGCCACACCAAUUAUCUCAAAGUCAAAGCAUCAAAAACGACAAAAUCACCAUCGUGAACAUGAACGAUCAUCAACGCACAAUUAUAAACACUUUCAUUCGAACCAUCAGCAUAAAUGUGAACAACGAAAAGAGACGUUAACUAAUUCAAGGUAUAAUGAUUUACAAUACAAAAAAGCAAAACGAACAAAAUACAACAGUGAUGAUUAUCACUAUAAAGGAUCGAGUAGCAACGAUUAUUCUUUUCAUAAAGAUUUUUUUGUUAAAUCCAAAGGUCGUUUUACAUCCAAUAAUAGAAAUUAUCAUUCGUGA